UGAUGCUUAGCUAAACUAACUAUGAAAUACUUUAACUGGACAGGACUCCGGAUCAACUGUGUACUGUAAGGUAGCUUCUAGCUUCAUGUCGAACAUUGAUAACCAAGCCGUGAAAAUGCAGCGUGCCUUUGUUCUGUGUGCCGUGGUGGCCCUGUCCGAGUGCCUCUUCCACCUUUCUCUGGAGAAGGGUAUGACAGCGAGGGAGAUCCUGGAAGAGCAAGGUCUUUGGGAGGAAUACCGUCCCAAAUACCCGUACAACCCCAUGGCCAAGUUUGACGAUAAAUUAGCUGUCGGCAUCGAGUCCAUGACCAACGACGCUGAUCUGGCUUACUCUGGCAUCAUCUCCAUCGGGAAUCCUCCUCAAACCUUCAGGGUCAUCUUCGACACCGGAUCCUCCAACCUGUGGAUUCCCUCCAUUUACUGCAACAGCAUCGCCUGCAACAACCACAACAAGUUUAACCCUGGCAACAGCAGCACUUUCAGAAACAACGGCCAUGCUCUCAACAUCCAGUACGGCACCGGCAGCAUGACCGGAUUCCUGGGAUACGACACUGUGACCGUGGGUGGUCUCGCUGUGAAUAACCAGAUCAUCGGCCUGAGUCAGUCUGAAGCUGACUUCUUGCAGUACAUGCACGCUGACGGAAUCCUCGGCCUGGCGUACCCUCGCCUGGCUGAAUCGAACGCUACACCCAUCUUCGACAACAUGAUGAUGGAGAAUCUGGUCAACCAGGACGUUUUCUCCUUCUAUCUGAGCUCUGACUCUCAGAAAGGCAGUGUGUUGACAUUUGGUGGCGUCGACCCUAACCAUUAUUCUGGUCCCAUCUCCUGGAUCCCCCUCUCCCACGAGCUGUACUGGCAGAUCACAGUGGACAGUGUUACUGUCAAUGGUGAGGUUGUGGCCUGUAAUGGCGGCUGCCAGGCUAUCAUUGACACCGGUACUUCUCUGAUUAUUGGACCUCAGUGCAACAACAUCAACAACAAAGUGGGAGCUACCAACAACAACGGAGACUACAUGGUCAACUGCAACAGCAUUGCCCAAUUGCCUGAUGUGACCUUCCACAUCAACGGAGAGACCUUCACCAUCCCAGGCUCUGGCUACGUCCGCGGGUCUGAGGCCAAUGGCUGCCGUACUGGCUUCGUUAAUGGAGGAGGCAACCUCUGGAUCCUGGGAGACGUCUUCAUCAGACAGUACUACGCCAUCUUCAGCAGAGCCCAGAACAUGGUGGGUCUGGCCACGGCUAGAUGAGAAACCUGGAGUCACUCCUACCAACAUCUUUAAAUCAAUCAC